CAGCGCCUGUCAGCGAUGGAGGAGAGAAGAUGGCGGAAGCGGAAUUUAAGGACCACAGUGCAGCUAUGGAUAAUGAAGCAAACCUUGGAGCAUCUUCUGUGUCGACAACCACCAGCAGCAGCACAACCACUACGGUCACCACUUCCUCCUCUCGCCUGCAGCAGCCACAGCUCUCUGUGUACAGUGGCUCAGACCGGCAUGCUGUGCAGGUGAUUCAGCAGGCGCUGCACCGGCCCUCCAGCUCUGCCGCCCAGUACCUGCAGCAGAUGUACGCGGCCCAGCAGCAGCACCUGAUGCUGCACACGGCGGCCCUGCAGCAGCAGCACCUCAGCAGCUCGCAGCUGCAGAGCCUCGCCGCCGUGCAGGCAAGUCUGUCAAGUGGGAGACCAUCUACAUCGCCCACUGGAAGUGUCACGCAGCAAUCAAGUAUGUCCCAGACAUCUAUCAACCUCUCCACUUCUCCUACACCUGCACAGUUAAUAAGCCGUUCCCAAGCUUCCAGUUCUACCAGCGGCAGUAUUACCCAGCAGACUAUGUUACUAGGGAGUACCUCCCCCACCCUCACGGCAAGCCAAGCUCAGAUGUAUCUCCGAGCUCAAAUGCUGAUUUUCACACCCGCUACCACUGUGGCCGCUGUACAGUCUGACAUUCCUGUUGUCUCGUCGUCAUCGUCAUCUUCCUGUCAGUCCGCAGCCGCGCAGGUUCAGAAUUUAACCUUGCGCAGCCAGAAGUUGGGUGUGUUACCCAGCUCACAGAAUGGUCCACCAAAAAGCACUAGUCAAACUCAGUCGUUGACAAUUUGUCAUAACAAAACAACAGUGACCAGUUCUAAAAUCAGCCAACGAGAUCCUUCUCCAGAAAAUAACAAGAAAGGGGAAAGUCCAAGUCUGGAAUCACGAAGCACAGCUGUCACCCGGACAUCGAGCAUUCACCAGUUAAUAGCACCAGCUUCAUAUUCUCCAAUUCAGCCUCAUUCUCUAAUAAAACAUCAGCAGAUUCCUCUUCAUUCACCACCUCCCAAAGUUUCCCAUCAUCAGCUGAUAUUACAACAGCAGCAGCAGCAAAUUCAGCCAGUCACACUUCAGAGUCCAAGUCAAGACCCACCCCCGUCCCAGCACUGCCUCCCGCUCUCCAACCACGGCCUUCCCGCAGCUCCCAGCAGUGCCCAGCCGCAGCACUGUUCUCCGAUUCAGAGUCACCCUCCUCCUUUAACAGUGUCCCCCACUCAGUCACAGUCAGCACAACAGUCUGUGGUGGUGUCUCCACCACCCCCUCAUUCACCCAGUCAGUCUCCCACUAUAAUUAUUCACCCACAGGCACUUAUUCAGCCACACCCUCUUGUGUCCUCCGCCCUCCAGCCAGGGCCAAAUUUGCAGCCGUCUGCUGCUAAUCAGGUACAACCUGCCACACAGCUGAAUCUCCAAUCCCACCUUCCACUCUCGGCUUCCCCAGUCGUGCACAUUGGGCCAGUGCAGCAGUCAGCCUUGGUGUCCCCAGGCCAGCAGAUCGUGUCUCCAACAUCACACCAGCAAUAUUCAACCCUGCAGUCCCCUCCAAUCCCAAUUGCAACCCCUCCGCAGAUGUCAGCCUCUCCUCCAGCUCCACUCCCACCUCUGCCCUUGCCGUCUAUGCAGUCCUUACAAGUGCAGCCUGAGAUUCUGUCCCAGGGCCAGGUUUUGGUGCAGAAUGCUCUGGUGUCAGAAGAGGAGCUGCCGGCUGCAGAAGCUUUGGUCCAGUUGCCGUUUCAGACUCUCCCUCCCCCACAGACUGUGGCGGUGAACCUGCAAGUGCAGCCACCGGCACCUGCUGGCCCACCAGUGGUGUAUCAAGUAGAAGACGUGUGUGAGGAAGAGAUGCCUGAGGAGCCCGACGAGUGCGUCCACAUGGACAGAACGCCUCCGCCACCCACUCUGUCUCCAGCAGCCAUAACGCUGGGCAGAGAAGACUUGACUGAACACCCUUUGUUAGAGCAAGUGGAAUUACCUGCUGUGGCAUCAGUCAGUGCUUCAGUGAUUAAGUCUCCGUCAGAUCCCUCACCUGUUUCUGUUCCUCCGCCCCCACUUCUGCUCCCAGCAGCGUCCACAAGGAGCAGCAGUGCGCAGGGGCAGGGCAGCACGCCCAGCACGGAUGGCCGGCCGCCACAGGCCAUCGUCAAGCCCCAGAUCCUCACCCACGUCAUCGAGGGCUUCGUGAUUCAGGAGGGGCUGGAGCCAUUUCCUGUGAGUCGUUCAUCUUUGCUAAUAGAGCAGCCUGUGAAAAAAAGGCCUCUUUUGGAUAAUCAGGUGAUAAAUUCGGUGUGUGUUCAGCCAGAACUACAGAAUAAUACAAAGCAUGCUGAUAAUUCAUCUGAUACGGAGAUGGAAGACAUGAUUGCUGAAGAGACAUUAGAAGAAAUGGACAGUGAAUUGCUCAAGUGUGAAUUCUGUGGGAAAAUGGGAUACGCUAAUGAGUUUCUGCGGUCAAAACGCUUCUGCACCAUGUCAUGUGCCAAAAGGUACAAUGUUAGCUGUUCUAAAAAAUUUGCACUUAGUCGUUGGAAUCGUAAACCUGAUAAUCAAAGUCUUGGGCAUCGUGGCCGUCGUCCCAGUGGCCCUGACGGGGCAGCGAGAGAGCAUGUCCUUAGGCAGCUUCCAAUUACUUAUCCAUCUGCAGAAGAAGACGUGGCCUCUCAUGAAGACUCCAUGCCGGCUGCUGUGACAACUCGCCUGCGUAGGCAGGGAGAGCGGGAGCGGGAGCUUCGUGAUGCAAGGAUCCGGAAGAUGCCAGAGAGCAAGGACCUGCUGCCAGCUGCACAGAGCGAGCCCUCUGUGUGGACGGUCGACGAUGUCUGGGCCUUCAUCCGAGCUUUGCCUGGCUGCCAGGAUAUUGCAGAUGAGUUCAGAGCACAAGAGAUUGAUGGACAGGCCCUCCUCUUGCUGAAAGAAGACCAUCUCAUGAGUGCAAUGAAUAUCAAGCUCGGUCCUGCCCUGAAGAUCUGUGCACGCAUCAACUCUUUGAAGGAAUCUUAACAAAGACACGGAGCUGUGAUAGAGCAGCAGCUUUACUCCUUUCACACUGGCUUGUAAGGUAGAGGCCCCAGUUGGCCUAGAAUGUUCCACUUACUCUGAUGGAUGGCCAAGCACAUUGGGAUGUCUGCAUUAAAUGCUGAUGUUUCUGCUACAGAAGAGAGUAAUUCAUCAUUUUCAUAAUUAACCAACAGUGAUAAAAUUAAUUUUACAGGUUACAUGCAACAUUGAAAGACUUGUUAUAGAGGGCCAUGAUAUUUUUCAAAGAAAUGUGUUAUGCUAGAUAAUUUUUUUAAAGGUGAUGUUUAUCAUUAAUAUAAAGGGUCCUUUUAAAUGUAAUGAUUUACAUUUCUCCUCUUUGAUUUGGUUUUCUUACACAUUUUUCUAUCCUACUAGUUUUCUAAAGGUUGUAUGAGAGAUAUGGAAUAAUUUAGGAGUCCAGUGACAAAAUGGUUUGUCAUAAAAUCAGUGUGCAUUUUUUAAAAAGUUCUUGUAGACAAAUAUGUUGUCCAUAAAAAAGCUUGUGUUCUCACGUGAACAAGGCUGAUUUGGAAGUCUGAAGAGUUGGUCUCUGUUCCCAGUUUGACCAGGAGUUUGGUUGAACUGAGGAGGUCUUCCUCUCAGUUUUUGUACAUUUGGAGCAGUGGUUCUCAGUGGAGACCAGUUUUGCUCCCCAGGGGCAAUGCCUGGAAACAUUUUGGUGGUUACAGGUCAGUGUUGGGUUCUGGGGAGGGUGCCGGUGGUGUCCAGUAGGGGAGGUCAGCGCUGCCCAGGAUGCUGUUCCUCUGAGUUGCUCAGCCCGAAGCGUCAGCACCAAGCCAGGAAGCCCUGGUGGUACUUGUAGAAGUGAUAAGUGUUGUUCCUUUUCACCCAGAGGGAUCUGUUUAAAAGAUGAGACAUAACAAGGAAAACAUACACAAUUGAAGUAUUAUUCAGAUAGCAUUAGUAUUCUGCUGAUUUGUUUUCCAUUUUUUUGCAUAUUAAAAAAGAACCCCACAAAAUUGGCCUGCCAAAUAAGGAUGAAUCUUUAUUUAACAGAUAAACUCUCAGAAAGUGCUGAUUCACAUUAAUUAUCUUCUGUAUGUCGGUGCCCCUCUGCUCUGACAAAGGUGCACUGCAGCUGGUCCUGGUGAGCAGCGGCACGGGCUGCUCCUGGAUGCUCCAAGGCAGCACCCGCCGGUCUAGCUGGAAGGCACAUUCCUUUCUCCAUUGUCAACCCUUGCAUGCUUCCUGCAAAGCACUUACCAAGUGAUUUCUCUUGGAUAGUCUGAUCUAAUUUUUUACGUACAUGUUUAAGGGGAAAAAAAUUAAAAGCGGAACCUUUCACUGAACAGUGUUCAUAGAAUUACAAUGCUAAAACAAAGUAAUGGGAGCUCUGAGAGCAGUAUGGUCCUGGACAUCAAAUGUUCUGUUUGAGAGGAUUAUGUAGGUUUUAUUUUAAUCUUAUGUCUUAGCUUUACUGUAUGAUUGAGGUAUCUUAAUAAUUAAAGGCACAUACAUACAUGUCUAGUUGGAGAAGUUCAGAUAAGUGGGGAAGAGAGGCCAUGAGUUUGUCAUUUUCACUGCUCUUUUCAACAAGAUUAUGUUGAGCUAGUAAAGACUAAAGAUGUCGCUAAAGGCAUCACAGAUACUAUAUUUAUCUUUUGGCUUUGUGUACAUUAGAGAAUGUUGAUUAUUUUUAUAUAAAAAUAACAGCGGGUAAUUUUUUUAAUCUUUAGACACCUCUCAUUUGAAUGUAUGCUUUGUGGGAUUCUCUGUGUAGUGUUUUUAAAAAGAUGUUUACUGAUAGUUAGGUGUAGGGUUAGAAUGUCAUUUAAGGCUCACGUUCCAGACCUACAAUAGCUCGUAGUCUAUGUUACAUAUCACAUUUUUAAUUAUUGGAUUAAAGUUUCAAGGAAAGCUAGGUAUUCUAUAAUCAAUUUUCAUUUACUAGCAGUUAAUCAUCGUGACACUGUGUUGUAUGCUUGACUUAUACCCUCACCUUGAAAUUUCACAACACAAAUAUAAGCUAAGUCUUAAUAAGAGAGGCCCACUAUAUGAGGGGAGGGAGGCACAGAGGGAAAGCUCCCCUGGUAUUAAGGCUUCUCAGAGGUUAGCCACCAUUAAUACAGUACUGAUUAUUUGAGGAUAGACUCUAGCAGUAAGAAUUCCUUCCCACGACUGUAUUAUCUGUGGCCUUUGAGGUAUUAAUUUUGAACCGUUCUGGGUUCUCCUUUUGUUCACUCCCUCUUCUGAUGUUUUGUGCUUCUGGAAGGCCCCUGUGCCUAGCACUGUCUUAAAUACCCAGGAGGUGCUUACAAGAGGGGUUUCUAUCAGAGAAUACUUUGCAACCUUAAAUUUUACAAUCUUAAAACUAGCACAGAUCUCCUGUUGUCCCCACUCAAAACAUACCCAGAAAAUGCACUUACUUUCCUUAAGUGAAUUGUUUUCUUUAGAAAUGUCUCAUUUGCUAUUACCUGGUAGUUCUGCUAACGUAGCUGUUUUCUUUCUAGGUGAUUUACUCAUCUUAAUCUCAAAGCUUACAUGAUGUAUAAUGGUUAUAUUCAUAACACUAGGUACCCGCCUCUCUCCUGAGCUUUAAGCACGGUGUUGGCAUGAUAAUAGGCGGGGAGAGUAUAUUACUAAUUGUUUCAAGAUGUUUUGAUUGGGUGAGAGAAUGACAGGCAGAAAGGGAGCAUGGAGGUUCUACCUAGUUUUAUUAUUUAAGUUCAUAUUUUCUGACUUUAAACUGUUGCACUCUUUUUCCCAUUGAGGAAAAAAACUGUAAGUUUGAAAAUUUAUUUGCUUUCAGCCUUAUGUUAAACCAAACUGCGAAUUGGUUUAUAAAAUUUUUUAUGUGACAUUAAUACUCAUGAAGCCUUGUGCAGGCAUGUGUAGGGCACAGCUAUGCAGCUUUGAGUAAUCAGUGUAUUUUGAGACAGAGUUGUCCUCAAACCUGUCACCUUCUGUUUCCAGUAGUUGUGGCGUGUAACUGUUUACCUGGUGGCAUUUUAAUCUGCUGUGGAAUCCUCGUACUCUUCUUAGUCCUGGCUCAAGAGCUGUCACCCAGGAGCAGAAGGCAGACUGGGGGCAGAGAUGUUCGGGAAGCAGCUUGAAGACAGGAAAGAGGCAGAUGCAGACCUUCCACAUGGUUAGUGUAGAGCCCACUUCACCCCUGAGCAGGUUUCUGCUCUUCUGAAGUGAAUGUCCCUUUUUUACCUAGUUAAGAAUAGAAGUGACUUUUUUAUUAGUUAUCCCACUAUUUGUUUCUUGGUGUGUUGUAACACUAAAACUGUAUGAAACAAGUAUUAUUGUGACCAGACUUCUGAAUAGUUUCUGACAUGGUUACUCUUCGCGUGCCAGUUAUAAAGUUAUGAUCAGACAUUUAGUCACAAAUGUAAGCCUUAGCCUGAAGUCUGGUGUAGGGCCCUCUCACUGUCUUGUUCUGGUAAAGGUGUCAAAGUCCAUUCUUCUUAUUUCAGGUUUCGGUACCACCAUGGCACAAGGAUGGUCCAGGGCAGUAUAGAUGCACAGUCUUAGGCUAUGUGCCUGUAUUUGACGUGAAUGGACGUAUAAGCAGUUUUUGAAAGAAUAAACCAUUAUAGAUUAAUGUAAAUGAUGCUGAACUCACAGCCAUAAUCUGUGAAUGUGUCUUAAAGAAAUGUUUUCAACCAGAGCGGCCUGGUUAUGUUGUGUAACUUAAAGACUCUAACCCUUGGGGAGUUACAGGAGCAUGACAGCCUGCUGGCCUUGAGCAUGAGCUAAAGGGGCUGGAGGGGCCUCACCCCAGCACCUCCCCUAAGGCCUCUGACAGCUCCAAGAAAAUUUCAUGAAAACUUUCUUCUUUAGAGACCUUUUCCUGAAAACCCUUAGAGAGGAUUUUGUAUUAAGGCUAAUUUUAGGGAGGGAGGUAGCUGGGGCAGGACUGUCUAAUCAUUAAUACCUAAUAGUCAUGUUUCAGUAAAAUCUGUAGGCAGUGGGAACUGGCCACCUGUGCAGAAUGUGCUCAGACGUGGCUUGUGCACCACGUCUGUAACUAGGGGGGCCUGCUGGAGGGGUUCUGGGUGGAGACCAGAAGCAGGAGGAAGAGCCUUCUAGGUCCAAGAGGAGCAGGUGAGCUAAAUGGAGCUGAGCAGUGUAGUUGGCGCCUCUGCCAGCCAUGCAAAGUAGUGACUUACACAGCAAGAAACAGGUUAUAGGUCUCACGUGUCAGGAUUGACCUGUCCUCAGACUCAUCCCUUUGCUUUCUUCAUCAAGAGGCCUCUCCUCAGGGAUGUGGGUAUUAAUAGUUCCAAUGAUACAGAAGUUACUGAUUUUUGAUUUCUGAAAAAGUUUGACAAUUAUUAUAGUUGGAGAAAAUUUGUCAAAUUCAAAAGUUGUAACUGAGUUGUCAGAAUUGCACAGAGUUUCCAUUUUCAGAUACCACAGUUGAAUCAAUCUCGUAGAUUGUUUUAAAAAGGCAUUUUAAGGUAGUGCUUUGUUAGGCUGUGUUAGAGUCCGAGACUGGGGUGACUGAGAGCUGCGGGGUUUCUCUGCUCUCAUCCUGCCAUCAGUGGAGUGCAAGUGUUCCUCUGCCUUGGGUGUGGGCAGUGUGGAUCAUCAAGAGAACUGUUUACCCUCCUGCAUCAAAAUUGGUAUUUUAUAAAUCUGUUUAGCUCAUUUGAUUUCAUCUCAAAAUUGUGAUUCAACUUAGAUAAGCACAAAUACAUUGUUAGGAAAAGUAAAUAUGCAAUCUUAACUAAAGUUUAAUUUCAACUUGUUAAGAUGUGCAUCUUUUAAAAACUGGGAAGAUACUAGAAGUUUGUAAAAUGCAUCACUGUAGUCUCCUUCGCAUGAGCUACAGUAUAAGGUACUUCAUUAAAAAAAAUUUUUUUUAAUUUAAAAUUAGAUUACCUUCUGUGGAAAAAAUGUUUCCUAAAUUUAAGAAUUUUUAAAGUUUUGUAUAUUAAUUUUUAGAACUUAGUGUAUUUCAAAAUUAUACUAUGAGAGAAAGCCUUUUUUGGAUUUGUCAAGCACUAAUACAAAGAUAAUUAUUACCAUAAUAUUGCAAAGAAAACUGUUUGGCUUUUUGUGAACUUUUUCCUAGUGAACAUGUGUGAAGAGGGAGCCCAGGCCCUCCCUUUAGACUGGAAGCCCAGCUCCCCCAUCAGGCACAGGACAGACCCCCACAGGCGUCCUCUCAUGGAAACUUUGUUUUGUGAAGACAGAAUAUUUCCCACAAAUGUUUUGCUUUCUCCUUUUUGUAUAGCUUGUGGAUAUUUCAUUUUAUUUAAAGACAAGAAUUUUAACCUGAAAUGUUAAAGAAGUACAAAACCAAGUUCCAGCAAAAAGCUUCGCACCUUAACAACGUUUUCCUGCUGCCUUUCAGAGGGCAGGAUUGCUGUCAGUGAGGGUGGCAGUGCUCAGCAGAAUCCGCAUAAGGAACACAAGAUGUGGUGUUUAAAAGCAGCAUCCUAAAGAAUGAAUUUUAAUUUGGAAAAAAAUUACUAUACUUUUAAAACACUAUUAUGCUAACAUGACGUGAUUUUCUUUAAAUCUGAGUAAGGUACUAAGUCCUUCUAGAUUACCUGUUUGAAUCGACUAAAGUAACUGUCUUAAGGAUUGAUAAUUGCCAGUUUAUCCUCCUUUAUGGAACAUCAGUAUUCCAUCCAUGUGUUGGUGGAGCUUUAAUGGGCAGUGGGGAAAGACAGUGUAAGAAUGCUGGGACUUCUAGUCACUAGUGAAACACCAACUUAUUUUAGAAAGAAUUUUUUAGUCUUGCCUCAAGCACACCAGAAGUGUCCAGAAGGCUGUUUUUUGUUUUGUUUUGUUUUGUUUUAAAGACACAAGGUCUUGCUGUGCUAUCCAGGCUGGAGCGCAGUCCUAUGGUGAUCAUAGCUCACUAUGGCCUCAAACUCCUGGGCUUAAGAGAUCCUCCUGCUUCAGCCUUCCAAGUAGCUGGGGCUACAGGCUCCUGCCACACUUAACUAGUUUUCUCUUUUUAGUAGAGACAGUGUCUCACUUUCUCAGGCUGGUCUCAAACUCCGGAGCUCAAGGGAUCCUCCCGCUGAGGCCUCCCAGAGUGCUGGGAUUACAGGCAUGAGCCACCAUGCCCAACCUAUAAUGGGGUGUUUUUUUUUUAAAGUUGCUCCUAUUUAGUUCGCUCCUUUUUAAUGGUUCAUUUUAUACUUAAGAACUUUUGCUGAAAGGUAAUUAUUUAUUAAGCAUCCAUUUCCUGGGUCACCUACAUUGUUCUCCUGAGGAUGGAAGUGGAACAUCCGCAUACAAAAGGAUGUGAAGACGUCCUAAGUGCUGCUUGUUAACUGCUGAACACACAGAUGCAGACACUGUCACCCGGGCACUUCACAGUGCACACGACUCAGGGGCUGGCCAGUAGGGUCUUCCCAGAGGCCUCUGUGACUUGGUGUGGACAACUCAGCUACCAAAUGCACUGACCACAGACUUGGAACUGAAGAGGCACUUUUUAUGCAUUGGGUAAGGAUUAGGCUCUAUGAAUCUAAGGGGUCUGCAUCAUGUUACAGUCCCCGCAUUUCAAAUCCUGCUGUCACUUGACCAUAUGCUAGGUUAUAAAAUUAAGACCACCCAUUACAGUUUGAGGCCAUGUGGCGGCCUGUAUUCCCAGCAUUGCUUUAACGCUUGAAUCUCUCCGCUUGCUGCUGUACAGGGUGUGUGGCAGAUGUGGCACCUCUGUGUACAUUUGUAACUACGCCAGCUGUUUGCUCAGUAUUGGUAGUAUAACAACUUCCCAAAACUGGUAUCUCUCAAAGGAAAGCACUAGAACAGGUUUCCUGUUUGUUUUUGUUAAAGCAAGAAAGAGUAGACAAAAUAAAUUUUAUUAUAUUUUAAGGCUAUUAAAAUAUCCACCUUUUAAAGCUGUGUGAGGAUCAGGAGUGGAAAGCACAUGUGUUACAUAGUGAAGGUGCAUCCUUCAAGAUGCAGAAUCCGUGAGCAGGAAACACUCCUCGCUGGGCUCCAGCAGCACUCGGGGAGAGGCCUCGUUAACUGGGUGAAGGGCCCUCCUCACUUGAGGAUCUGUGAAUCACACUGUGAUUCCUCUGUUAACAUAGCUUUAAAUAUUAACUUCAGUUGAUACUAACGUUCUCCAUAGAAAUAUAAAAUAUUAAAACUUUUAUACAUCAUAGUUGCAGGUUUUUAAAGUAGGAAAAUGUCCCAAUAACUGUUGAGUUAGAGUCUAUGUUGGAGUCUUGUAACUAAUUGAAAACAGGAAUAUUAACAUCUAAGUAGUCGAACAGUCUUGAGUUUUAAAAAAUUCUUCCUGGGUACUGAUUAAAAUUACUUUUAAAGUGUACCUAAUAUCAUUUACAUACUUUUUGUGUAUGUAUUCAGUUUUAAAAAGUCAACUGAGUAUGUAAAGAUGGUAUAAUUUUGGAAUUAGAAUAUUUAAAUUGUUUAAGCUAGAUUCCUAGUCAUCUUAUACACAAGCUUGAUCUUUAUUUUUCCCAUAAGGAAAAAAGAAGUCCCAGCAGCUGUCCUCACAGUACGGGGGCUUUGUGCUUGCAGCAAAGGCUGAUUUACCACAGCAGUGGGCAGGGCUGGACACUGACAGUGGAGGCGGGGCUGGCAUUGCAAGCGUCUUUAUGAAUUAGUACUUUUAUAGUUUUUAUCGUCUCACUAAAAAAGUAUUUUUUGUUGGUAUUUUAACAAAAGCAAAUUAUUGUGAUAAACUUAUUUUGUGGGUGCACCCAGUGCACAUUAACUGAUUUUUUUUCCUUCCUCCUUUUGAUUCCUCUCGUUGUUCUAAAACAAGACUUUUCAUAUUAUUAAAACCUCAAAAGGUGGUCUACCCAGGAUGAAAAAAGCAUCACCAAGGGGAAGGGAAAUUUUAUCUUUACAGAAAACAAAUGUUAAGAUUAUACAGAUGUAUUCUUUACAUUGGAUAUUGUAUUAAAGUCCUCCUUACAGGAAAUAGUUUAGUACUCUUAGCAUUAGAGCUCCUAGAUUGGUGUUGAUAGCUGCAGUUUUAAAAUGUAUAACCUGAGAUGAAGUUAAUUUUGCAUUGUAAGAGCACAUCUGAUCUAUGUAAAAAGUGUCCAUUUGGUGUAUUUUUUUUUUUUUAAAAAGCAAGCACUUUCAUAUUAACAAGUAGCAUGUGUAUGAAUUAGCUUUUCAUAUUUGUUGUGUGUAUUCAGUGAAGUAAAAUUGAGCAUUCAAAUGUUUGUUGAUGGCAACAUUAACUAUUAAAGCACCUUAUAUUCUGCUGCUUAAACUUGCUUGUAAUUGCACCUUUGUUACCCACACAUUUUCACAUAGAAUAUUGUUGUAACAUUGCUUCAUGUGGGUUUGGAAGAUGAGUGGGCCUGCAGGAUCAUUUAUUUAUAUUGUUUGUAUUACAAUAAUAUAUUGUAGACCAGUUGUAAGUUCUUUUCUUUACGAAUAAAAGCCUUUUCCAUUUGA